AUAAUAAUAAAAAAGGUCUCCAACGAGCAAGAACUCCACCGCGAAAUCACCCCCAAAAUUUUCCUCGAUCCCGAUCUCGAUCUCGAUCGAAGCCAUGUCGAACUCCUUCGACGCCUUCAGCGCCGACGGCCACGAGGCGGCGCCGCCAAACUCCGCCACCACCCGCCCCUUUGACGACGAUGGCUACAUCGGCUAUGACCCCCGCCUCCCUUCCCAACGCUACGACUCCUUCUCGGCCUUCGCUGCGGAAGAGGAUCCGCCGAAGGAUGUGCCGGACGAUGGAUUUGGCGAUGUCCAUGUUCACCAUGUCUCCGUUGGCAGUGGCGGCGGUGGGGGUAGCUUCCCUCCCUCGCCGGAGCCGUUUGGGUACAGUCCUGAACCACAUCAGGAGUUCUCGUCCCCUUUUGAGAUGCCAGAAGCCAAUGGUGGAGCUGAUCAUGAUGCGAUCUUCUCCGAUGAGCCUACGCUGCCUCCGCCUGGUGAGAUGCAACCGGAGGAGGGGUUCCUCCUGCGGGAAUGGCGUCGCCAAAAUGCUGAACUUCUGAAGCAGAAAGAGGAAAGAGAAAAGGAACUGAGGGAACAAAUUUACAAGGAAGCUGAUGAAUACAAGACGGGUUUUUAUGAGAAAAGGAAGGUGAAUUGUGAAACAAACAAGAUCCACAACAGAGAAAGAGAAAAGCUAUUUCUGGCCAAUCAAGAGAAGUUCCACACAAAUGCAGAUAAGCAGUACUGGAAAGCAAUUGCGGAACUCAUCCCCAAUGAGGUGCCCAACAUCGAGAAGAGGAGAGGGAAGAAAGAUCAAGACAAGAAGCCAUCAAUUGUUGUCAUUCAGGGCCCCAAGCCUGGCAAGCCCACUGAUCUUUCUAGAAUGCGUCAAAUACUUCUGAAGCUGAAACACAAUCUCCCCCCACACAUGAAACCACCACCACCACCCCCUGCUCCUGCACCUGCCAAGGAUGGAGCUCCCGCUGCCGCAAAGAAACAGGGUUCCCCGAAAGGAACCACCACAGCAAAUGGCAAACCGUCAUCCAAGGAAGAGGCAGCCACCGCACCACCUGUUGAGAGCAACACAACAACAGAACCAGUGGCAGUUGCUGCAGAAUAAGCACCUGCCGGUGCAUUUACCAUUAAUCUCUUACUGUAGAAGUCAAAUGCUGUUUGCCCCCUUGUUUACUAUGACUUUAUCAUGAGCUUUGGUUCCCCUAUUUGCAUUAGAGACUCGUGUGAAAUAUGGAUCUCUUGGUUUACAUUAUCAUUUGUAGAGAAGUUCUAUGUUGCUUUC